AUGUCUGAUUCCAUUGCCAUGUCAGAAAGGUAGGAGAUUUGAGCCCAUACUAAUCUUUCACCAAAACUAUUUUUAUAAAUGUAUCACGAGUCAAGCCUCAAUACCAGUGAAUAGUAGUAUUUCAGUAUUGUUCUAAAUAUUUUCUACUUAAGAUAUACUGUCAAUAUUACUUCAGUAGACUCAAAGUCUCCACGAAAUGUAGUUGUGGGAAAUAGGUAAAACAUCGUUCUUGAUAAUACAAGUGCAUCGCUAAAGCUCUUGCUACUAUGGUGGUUUGUCAUGAACAUAGAUAGUAAGUUCGAAUUACUCGUUGAAGUUAAAAUUACCUUCAGUUAAAGUUGUAUCAAGGUCAUUUCGCACGAGCUAGUUGUGAUCUCCUUAGUCAGGUCAGGUAGUUAAAUUUGCUUCUUUUCGGGUACCUCGACCGAAUAUUUUGUUGCUAAAAUUGAUCCAGAGUGCAACAGCAGUUGCACAGCAAUACCAGCUUAUGUUUCGAAAGACCUAAAGUAACCUGUAACCAAGUAACUCUAACCAAGUUGAAAAUUUACUUGAAUUUAGCGGCUUCUAUUUCCUUCGAGUGAGCAGGCUUAUUCAACAAUUUGACUGAUCAUAAGUUUGCUGAACAAUGUGUUGUUAUUAUAAUAUAUUCUUAUUGAUCAGAUCAGGGAGAUUAACGGUUGAAUAGCAGCGCCCAAUUUUCACUCAGCUCUGUCUUACCCCCCAACUGUCAUAUCUGUUGUUGUUCAUUUUGUAUUUGUUUAAUUAUCAUCUUGUAUCAUCAUUUUGUGGCAUGUUCUUGUGGCAGGUCCUUUGCUAUGAUUUCUCAAGAAAAGUUAAACAGUGAGCAAAAGGUUUUCACUCGAGUUCCUUGUUGCAAUCCUGAACGAAAUACGACAAAAAUUAGCAUAACGUUGCUUAUUGUGAUUAAGAAAUGAGAUUCAGUCUUUUUACUAAUGAAUAUUUUUUCUAAUGAACCCUCAAAAUGUGGUGAACUGCAAGCGAUAUUUAGACAAUAUUGCGUGUGUUACAUUUUAAGGUCAGGAUUAAAGCCAACCUUAGACAUACCGCGCUGCUGACCGUCAAGUUUUGAUAGACAUCUUGACCUGAAAUUUCUUCAGACACGGACAACAAUACGAAGCGAAAUUAUCUCACAGAGAACAUAACUCGGCCUCCUUUUGAAUUCUCACCGCGCCAGGAUACGUCUGGAUAUCGUCUUGUUUCAAGCCACCGUUAUACUUUUUGAACCAAAACAUUCACGUUUAAUAGUGCCCCCUGGAAAAACGUUAUGUGGCAAAAGAUAAACAGAUGCAGUGAACUCAAUUCAAGGAUAACGGAGAAAGUUUGACUGCCUCAGAGGAGCGUUCCAUAUCAUCGUCAUGAUUGUUAUGGUUACGGUAACCUUAAAUUUAAUUACCGCUGUCAGAGAAUAGAACUUUAUGGUAAACAUCUUAAUUUAAAUUCAAAUUUUUGAAUUUAAUCCAGCUUUCGACGUGCUGAAGGGUAUUUAGACGAACUUUCUUGAGCUCAACAUGUUAGGUGAUGUGUUAUCUUAUCGAGUUCUAGUCUGCACAAAUAUUGCGCAAUGAGGCUUGAACAUAAAACAUAAUACGAAGGAUACAAAAAAUAUAUAUUUGAUGGUUGAUACGCGCAAAUUAAGUAAAGGAAAAUGAAAUUAUUAAAAUGCUGGCCUUGAAAUUAUUGUGGUAAAUUAGGUUCCUUUGAUAGUGGGUCUGCAUUUUCAUCGGUGUCCACAUUUGUCUGAAUACUGGUGUGGCAAGAUGCCAAAGUUUUUCUUUGUUAGGCAGGUUAAGCGCCCAGGAUGUAGAAAGACUGAGGGCCUUGCUGGCUGAAAAUACUAACGGAAUGGUACAGUUUUUACCAUUUUCAGUACCUUCAGAUAUGCAUUCACAGUUAAAAAAGUUAGCAUUUAUUUUCCUGUAGACUUGUCUUUUUGCGUAGUCAUUGGUGCAUAACAAUAGUGCUUCACAACAAAUGGCAGCGCAUAAUUAAUUUCUCUCAGAUCAUUAUUUCCUAUCUUCGUAGGAAUGAUGAACAAUGCAAAGUGCAGCCUAAUUCGAAAAACUUGAACUUCAUACUCAUCUAUCCUCUUAAAACUCGGAGAUGGUCAAUGUUCAUUAAUGCAAGCUAAACGAUCUGAUAAUUUUGGUAGAAAUGAGUUAUUCAUGAAUAGCAAUGCAGUGGGAGGAAGUGGCCUGUAAUAUUUGGCAACUCAAAAGUCUCUCAAACUUCGCCCUUUGUAUUUUUUUUUCGCAGUUUUUUUACAAUGAACCUUCCAAAGGUACUAUUUCAAAUUGAAUAAAGCAAAUGUAUCCGGACUAAAUGCGACGAAACAAGUAAUUGCACUUCAUUGAACACGGAACCAAAAGAAGCAAAUUUAAUUAUGGCUUUCAUUGUUCUAGUAUGUUGUGAGAAUUUGCAAGUCUCAGCUUGAUCAGUUUUCUGGUAUGUCAUCAUCAUUUUUAACUCAGAGAGAAAAGCACGAAAUUCAAAAAAAAAAAAACCUAGAAAAUGCGUGGUGAAAAGGAUCUAAAAUACACUCGACUAGUUUAAGUUUUGCUCAUGAUAGCUUCGGUGACGCAAUGCGACAGUUGACAAGAUUAACAAAUCCAAAUCAAAGUGGUCAGUAUUUUAGCAUUUCCCUUCCUUAGAAGUUUAUUGCACAGUCACCCAUUUCUGAUAUUUGACAUUUCCGUUCGGCCAUCAUUGACACAUCUUACGAGCUAGUAAUGGAUAAUUUAUUUGUACACCGUACAAGCUGCCUGUGUAUGCAAAAGUAUUUGAGUUUAGCUCACUUGUAUUUGCUAUCCUUUCUAUCUGCCUUCUUAGAAUGUACAGAAUGCGAUUUCCAUCGUCCAAUUGGCUUUUCCUGGUUUUUGCGUUGCUUCUAUCCAUCGGUAAGGCACUCCUACAGCACCUUCUUUAAAUGCACCUCGUAUUUUAUUGAAAAAGCAACGAUACUUUAUGCCCUGCAUUCAACGCCUUUUACUUUACUUUCAGUGUAGAGUAAGAAAACCUUACUAAGCUCACGAGGACACACUGUAGAAUCAAAAUAAAAUCGAGAGGAUAAAUCAAAAACAAGUUUUAGUUUCUGUAAUACCCUGGGUGUAGGAACAUUUUUGUAACAAAACUUGUUAUCUCCGAAAUCAGCAGGCCUUUAACUGUCACUCUUUCCAAAUGGAAGCUACCCGAAGAAUUUACCACACAAAGACAUUUGGGAAGAUUUCAAACAAAGUCGUGGCAUACGUUUGCAAAACAACGCAGUUUCAAAUAAAAAUAAGAGAGUAAUUCAAGGGUUUACGCUCUGGAUAAGACAUUUUGACUAGGAAUUAAUAUAGGCUAUUUAUAAACUUGUUGUAGCUUUUUUUGUAGAAUGGUUGAUUUACUUGAUUUUGUUCACCAAUCUUUCUUACUUAGACGCUGUCCUAGCAAGGAAAUCUAAACAAGUAAGUCAAAUUUUUCCUCGGAAAAAUGUUUCAAUGGUAGUUUAAUUUCAAAGCUCAUACCUUGGUUGAAAAAAAAAUUUCCAAACUACUUGUUCAAAUUUGCGAGGGGUUCGUAUUUUUCAAUGAUUACUUGAUGUUGCUUAUGUUUUGUAUGUAAGAUGCGUUACGGAAAUCGAUUUCACUUUGGUUGUGCGAUGAAGAUAUGAUAGUGAUAAUUGAUUGAGACUGUCUCAAAUAUAGUGCAACUCACUUCAAUCGAAAUAAAAAUUUUUGCGAGACAUCAAUUUAUUCGAGUUGUACAAAGGGGGUGCAUCUCAUGAUCGGGUUUGAAGCGUUUGUGUAUUUAUCUUCCUUGAUUCUUUCCUUAGAAUGUUCACCUUCACAUGACCAAGAGAGAAAUAGAGCAUUACUUUGGUGUCAAGGAUCAUACAAAAAGUAAGACAAAAAAGUUCCUUUUCGUAUGUUUGAUAAUUUUGAGCUAUUUUUGCGAUAUUUUGAGCAGUGAAAAGAAGGUUAGUGCAGUCGUAAGCCCAUUUAGGUGUUGCUCAUGGAGAUCGUAACUGACAGCGCCCCUGAAGGUGGAGAGAGAAAUAAAGCUUCUUUCCUAAAAACGUAAUUAACUAAAGCCAGCCGAGUUUUGAACACGGACAUUUCGACCUGGAGCCCAACGUACUACCUGUUAAGGCAACGCGUCUUCCACAUUCCAACUGACACUGGGUAAGCCCCGAAAGGCCUAGACCUCUAAGAACGUAAGUUUUUACCAUCUUUUCACAGUUCCCGAAUACGAUAUUAGCUCGCCACAUCAUACAGACGUUAAUGGAAGGACUACGUCUCCCUUUCGCAUCAGGAGAGAUGUGGGUCAUUCAGAUAUUUUACAUUACGACGUGCAUGCAUUUGGUUCCAAAUUACGGCUUAGAUUGAAGCGAAAUGGUAAUCUCAUGGCACCGAACUUAGUUAUUGAGAGACAUCACGGAGAGGGUAUGGUAACGACUCAAUCUGCACCCAAAAACAAAUACUACUUGGGACAAGUUUUGUCCGAUCCAGAUUCCUUGGUGGCCUUGCGAGGUGACAGAAGCUUGGUAAGAGUUUUGUUACGUUUGAUGGUAUCUUGAGUUUUCUCUAAACGUUUUUGCCAAGCGAUAGAGAAAGGAACAUGGUAAGUUUGACUUAUGUAAAGUUUCUGAAAAUGGUGUUCUCGCUCAGACACGCCUGUGUUUGCUACCGUGUUAAUGAUGUGCAUGAAAAAUGACGCGCUUCUAAUUGGCUGAAAAUUUGUGCAUUCUCUUGUAACUCGAGUGCAAAUAACAAAUAACACGCGCACACUUUCAAAAUUUCGUCUGUCUUGCCUUUCUAAUAUGUUUUUUUUUCAUGUAAAUUAUUAAUAAUAAAACAUGAUUUCUCCUGCAAUUUGGUGUAAACAGCACUUGUAAAUUUUUCAAAGACUACAAAUUGUACUCACCCUAUGGGCUUGUGCAAUUUUGCUCUCUUUGAAAAAUUUACUCGUGCUUAUUAACACCGAAUUGCAUUCCAAAUCAUCUCAUUAGGCAUACAAAUUUCUUGCUGGUACUUACAUUAUGUUAAUUUUUCAUCAUUAGAUGGGUAUGAUCAGGACUUCUCGAGAAACACUAUUUAUACAGCCGCUCUCGCCACACUUGGCCAGGAGAGUAAGGAGAAAUGCGUACUCUACGCCGCACUUGAUUUACAGAAUUCCAACACAAGAAGCGGUUUCCUGUGAAAUGCAGUCAACAGGUUCGUUCGUUUUGUAAAACGAGCAAAUACUGGAAUUAGUGAUGCCACAGUAAUGGCGCAGGAGUAAUUUGUUUUAGCUCCAUUCGCGAUAUCCCAUGUUGGUUGGUUCCCGCCUUAUGGUUCUUUUGUUUUCGGCCUUCCUCCACGAUGAUAAGCACUGCCAAGUUUAACUCGACUUGGGCACAAGACGCGAGGAUCAAUCUAUGAUAAAUUCAGUUUACUUUUCAAUUUUUUUUCUCUCUGGCAUUUCCACUGGCAAUUCUUUAUGUGAUUUUGAAAGCACUAAACCUGCUUUCGGUAAAGUACAUUUGCAAUGCUCCCCCUAGGCGUUUGUUGUCUUUCAGCAGCCAUUCACUAGUAAGAUGGCAAGGAGGUAGCUAUGUAUCAGGUUUUAUCUCCAGAAAAUCAGGGCAUUUGGGGUUGUGAGGGCAUAACCCAUACUGGUCGAUUAUCUUGAUUUGUGCCUUUGGUCAUUGUUUCCGUACUGACCACGAGAGGGAGAUCUGUGUAACUCUCGUGAUACUUAGCCAGGAUUGUUGUCUGUAUAUCGCAUUGUGUUUAGAUGUACUUAUUUGGCCUUUUCCCACAGACCACUAGAUUUUUCAUCAGUACUGAUACCUUUUCUUUACUUUUAUUUUUCUUAUUUUUCAGGAAAAGAUCGUAUCAAGAGAUCUACACUUAAUAGGAGGACUCGUGAAGUAAAAACAAAUGGCUAUAAGUUUCUUGAAGGAGCGUUAAUUGUUCCUAAAAGCUACGAAGAGAAGUAUGGAACAGAUGAAUUUGCCACAGUACUCCUCGCUAUUGCCAAUAUGGUAUGUGUGCUUGGGCAUAUUUACGACGAAACAAUAUUGAUUUUGUCUUAAUCAACGAGUUCUAAAAUGGCUGGAAGCCAGACAAAUAUUCGCCGUAUCAGCAGCUUUAGGAAAAUGCCCGAAGGUUCUUUUUUUACAUCAGGGAACAAUUUUUUUUUUCAUUCUAAAGAUGUCCUCUUUGAUAUGCAGAGGUUCACUUCAGUAGGAGUUCGCUUCAACGAAAGGGUGGUUAUUUACUAUCCUGAAAAUUUGCGAUGGAAGAUAAAUUUUAACUUAUCUUACACCUUUAAAAAGGAAAUUCCAUCUUUAUCAGAAUUACAUUUUUUCAUCUGAUAGGUUGCUGGUAUGUAUCAAGAUCCCAGUAUAGGAAAAAUCAAGGUCUAUUACGUGGUUACCAAGAUUGUUGUUAUGGAGUCAACAGUAAAGCUGGUAAGAAAUACUUUUAAGAACCAAGUUUGCUAAAGAUACUGUAGUUUAGAUUGGUCUGGUGAAAACGAACCAGAAGCCAUUGAUAUUGAAAAAGAUGAUAAAAGUGAAAGGUCGUAAUUGGAGCCAAGAGUGCGUGUGUAAACGUUGGAGACCAAGGCAUAUUGUUUCUUGUUUAAAAGCUUCGGACGUGAGCCGGGAAAAGUGGUUCUGGCAAACGUGUCAGCGAAAGAGAAAGAAAGAAAAAUAAAAGUCUUGCACUUUUGAACUCUUGUUUCUGAGAAGUCCUAUCGUGCUGCAUCGAGUCAGAAUUUUUUUUAAAGAAAGGGAAAACCAAUUGAAACAAGUUUAAUUGCAGCUAAAAACUUUGUUUUUUUUUUGCUAUGUAGGCUAAUUUCACUAAGGUCGACAGCAAUAGCAAGAAGCUGACACAGAUGUUGAAAUGGGCGGGACCUUCAACACUAAGAAGUAAUAACGACCCGGAUCACUAUGACGUGUUCAGUUACGUGUCAAAGUACGUAUUAUCUUUAGAUCCCCGGAUGAAUAUCAAAAUAAUUUUUAUUCGACGUCAUGUUUGUCGCGCACAGCAUUGGGUGGAUAACCGAGCAAAUAAUACUUGGUCUGAAAUCAAAGUGAGUUCACAUAAUGUUUCUUCUCAUUACUGCUGAAAUUAUGACGUGAGCUUUUCCAGCUUGGGCUCUGUUUUGUUUGCAAAGAUUGCUACACGAACAAACAUGCUCUUCCAGCUUGAUUUCGAACGAAAAUAUAUGAUGUUACAUCCGGGACUGUAACCCUUAAGAUCUGAAUAAUGGUCCCCUUUCUAGUUGCUAUACUUUUUCACCUAAGUAAACAAAGGAUGAAAAGCACCCUCGAGCCGAUGUAUUUGUCCAAUCCCAUCGCCCCACUUUUUUCCUGAAUGAUGUAAAGAGGGAAGUUGCAUUUGAAAAACCUUGAUAGUGGUAUUUUAAGUCUCUCGUGGGGUGUCAGACUCAUCGGGGAAAGGAGCAAACAGCAUCGUAUCUCCUUAAGGGUGAAAAAUACUUAUGGUUGUUUUACGAGGCAUUACGUAAACGUUUCAAAAAGGCACGGGGGAAAGUUUGCUUAGAGAGAGACAGAUACCAGCCUACAAUGUUAGAAAAACUCUACAAUUAACUCCUUUUUGCACAGAAGAUCAGACAGAUAAACAGAGUACAGACAGAAAGACUGUUUAAACAGUUUUUUAUUCGUCACCAAAAGGACUCUAUCAUGGAGCGUCUAAUUCCGGUUGAGAAUUAUAUUGUUUUAUGUAACUAAGCAAUUGUCUCCCUAGACUUGUGAUGAAAUUUUGUGAAUUGACCAUCUUACCGCUUUCUUCCCUUUUUGCAGUGAAAUAAAAAGCGGAGGUAAGAUGCUCUUUGCUGACUUGUGUAAUCAGCUGAAAGAUGCCAAGCUAGAUGAAAGUCGUCGUUUUAGAAAUUUUCAAAUGUUUUUGGGUCAUAAAGGUUCCAAGGAAGGUAAGAAGAAUAAAGGGUCAUUAAAUAUAUCCUUAUAUGUAUAUUUUUAGGUCUCGCCAUUGCUAACCAGAUCUGCUCCAAGGCAGGCGCAGGGGAAUGGUAACAUCAACGCUGAUGUUGGUCUUCAAACUGCACUUCACGUCGCACACGAGAUAGGUCACAAGUAAGUGACGACGUUGCGUUGUUUGCAUUUUGCAUUACGCGUGAUGUCAGUAUUUGUCUUCGUCUUGUACGCUCUCCUAUAUCAGAUUUGUUUGUCACAAAUUGGCCCGGGAAAAAUAACCACCCGGAUCAAAUUUUAGAUUGGAAUAUUUUAAUAAUAUCGCGACAAGGUUUGUCGGAAGUUUCGUGUGUCGUAACUUGAAGUUAAGGUAGCACAAUUAGCUGAUGUAUGGACAGUUUUGUCGUUGCAUGUUUGUUUGAAUGAGGUAAGAAAUGCUUGUACCUUACCAUCACAUGAGAAUUAAAGGCUUACCUUUCUCUGUUGUCGCAGCCUUUACCUUGAUCAUGAUGGCGAUGUAGGGUGUCCGCAGCAUCAAUACAUUAUGGAAGCUGUUUUACUGAGUGGUAUCUAUGCAGCAACCUGGUCAAAUUGUUCGCGGAGGGUCCUUCAGGAAUUCUUAGGGUGA